GUCACGUGAGUUGAGCUAGCCCACCCUCUCCUCCCUGGUUCAGCUCAGAUAAAUUGGAGACAGGUUAAAUAGGGUUUAAAUGGAUAAAAGAAGGCACACUGUAACCAGACUUUCUCCCCUAACGUUAAGCUUGCGCCAUCACCAAUGAUUCUGUUUUCGUUUGUCCCAUUUAUUUGGGCUGUAUCUGCAAAAGCAGACUUCUUUCAAUUUGACAGCAUCUCUAACGCUUCUACGUACUAUUUCAAUUAUAUUUAUUGUAAUGUAUGGGACGGGGAGUGUCAGCCAAAUCAAGAAGAUGCUACCCAGCAAGUUCCUUCGAGGGACCUUUGGGCAGGAUUUCCCCAAGAAUACGUCAACGUGGUACAUCAGUGGUACUGUAGCCUGGGCCAGUGCUGUGACACUGGCGACUGCAGGAUCACCAACAAUAUGACAGGCUUGGCCAGGGACCUGCAGAUGAAGCUCCACGGGCAGCACCUGGUUCAGUCCGUGGUUCUGAAGGCCAUCCAGGGCUUUAUCAACAACCCAGAGUCCAACAAGCCUCUCACCCUCUCCUUCCACGGCUGGUCGGGCACGGGCAAGAACUUUGUGGCCCGGAUCGUGGCUGAUAACUUAUACCGGGAGGGGGUGAAAAGCGAAUGCGUUCGCUUGUUCAUCACCCCCUUUCACUUCCCUCACGCCAGGCUGGUAGACACGUACAAGGGCCAGCUCCGAGAGGCGAUCCGGGACAUGGUCCUAAGGUGUCCACAGACUCUCUUCAUCUUUGACGAGGCGGAGAAGCUCCACCCCGGUCUCAUCGACGCCAUCAAGCCCUAUCUGGACCACUACGACAACGUGGACGGGGUCAGCUACCGAAGAGCAGUCUUCCUCUUCCUCAGUAACAUCGGAGGGGCCACGAUAAACGACGUAGCGUUGGACUUCUGGCACUCGGGUCAGAACAGAGAGGACAUCGGCAUGGAGGACCUGGAGCACCGGCUACGGGCCGAGACAGUAGACUCUCAGGGUGGGUUUUCUCAGAGUGAGCUCAUGUCCGGCCACCUGAUAGACUUCUUCGUGCCCUUCCUGCCCCUGGAGUAUCGCCACGUCAAGCUGUGUGCGCGAGACGCUUUCGCCUCACGAGGUCUGGAGCCGGAGGAUGCAACGCUAGACGAGGUGGCCAAGGCCAUGCUCUACGUCCCCAAAGAGGAGAGGCUGUUCUCAGCACAGGGCUGCAAAUCUAUACCCCAGAGGAUCAACUUCUUCCUCCCAUAGAGGGAGAGAGAGAUGGAGAGAGAUGGAGAGAGAGAGAGAGAGAGAGAGAGAGAGAGAGAGAGAGAGAGAGAGAGAGAGAGAGAGAGAGA